GAGCUGUCGAUGACGGCGACACGUGGCUCUCCGUAGCCCUGCGGCUAUAUAAAUCCACCCCCGGAGCCGGACGCCGAGAGAGCGAAUCCACCACCCUUUCCUUCGUUCGCGAGGCAGAGUUUUUGUCUCGCGCCGCGCAGCUCGUGAUCUCGUCUUGUGUUCCUGAGUUUUCUUGGGUGGGCGGCAGUCAUGCAGCGGAGCAACUCGUUCGGGACGUCGUGGGCGGACCAGUGGGACUACGGCGGCGACGCGAGCCCGAGGGCGCCGCGCGACAGCGGCCACGCGGGGAAGGCCGGCGGCGGCGGGGGCGUGGGGGAGAAGACCAAGGCGGCCGCGGCGACCGGGCUCAGGAAGGUGAAGGAGGGCACGGCGCACGGGUUCCAGUGGAUCAAGGACAAGUGCCAGAAAAAGAGCACCGGCGGCAAGAAGCAGCAGGGAUCCGAGGUCGCGGGGUACUGACGCGACCACCUGAUCAGAUCACCGUGGUUCGGCGUCGACAUGCUGCCGCCGUUGAUCGCUGCGUCGCAGCGUUUCCCAGCGGCGGCAUGUUAGAGAAGAUUUUAUUGGUAGGCUGCUGCUUGCUAGUAUAGGUGUGUGCAUAGGUUCGGUGAUCUUGCUUCUGUCGCUGUUCUGCUGGUUACAGAAUUUGGUCAUGUUUUACCUUUUCCGAUGUAUAUAAAAGGAUUCUUUUUUUCCUUCUUCGUGUUUGAUUGUUGUCU